UGAAGUUGCUACAGUUUUCUCUGGUUGUAUAAACGUAAUUGUCAGAAAACUGAGUGUAAGUUAAAGGAAGAAGCUCGAAUUUACGCUAAAGUUGAGUUUUAUUUCAUUGUGGUGUAUAGUUAACUAAAACAAUUCUGUUUUCGAUUUAUUUUCUACAAGUGCAUCUCCAAGUUAGCAUUGUGCACAAGAAAAUAAUCUUCUCGCCUCUUCCGGUCAGAACCGGAAGCUGUAUGCUCUUGUUUACAUCCUCUGAGGGGUCUAGCUAACUGGCGAACAAAAACGCUAGCAGCUUUUCCAAAAUGAUUUUUUCGAAAAGGUGAUUAGGUUUGUAUAUUUAGAGUUUUGAGCUGUAAUUUCGGUCGGCUGUUGCUCGGGCCAUGGGUUCAGCUCGCUACUGGUGCUGUUUCUGUGCAACAGUACCGCUCGUCCUGCUGCAGUGCCCGGGGCUGUUGCUGGUCAAGGCGGAACAGGUCGCUUUGGUGGAGGUUUUCUUGGAGCAGCGGCCCGGUGUCAGCACUCUGCUCCAAGGGCAGGUGGUGGAGUCCAACAAGGGCAGCAGGAGCUCAGAGCACCGUGACCAGGACCAAGAAGAGCUGGAAGGAGAGCUGGUCCUGGUUCAGGAUGAGGAGCUGCAGGUGAGCGGAGGGAAAGAAGAAGACGACACCAAAAAGCAGGAGCUGUGGAUCGGUGUGGUUCCUGUGGAGAUGGAUGACAGCAAAGCCUCCACGGGAAACCAAGAGUCCUUUGCUGAUACAAUGGUCAAUAAAAUGAAGCGAGCAUUGGUCCUCGGAGCGUCUGCGCUGAUCAUUCUGGCUCUCAACCAAAACACUGUUAGUGAGAUGGAUCUGUCUCAGGUGCUGUCCAAGCCCAUCAUUGUGAUCCAGACUUCUGAAAAUGUCACCAAGCUGAUUGGAGCCCUGCUCAGGGGUCUUCAAGCGACAGCCAAAAUCACAUACAAGACAAUCCUGCAGGACAACUUGGGAGCCACACUCACGCUGUGGUCCAGCUGUGGUCGAUCGAGAGGAGGUCGCUACGGAGAGUGGCAGGGGGUCAUCUGCACGGGGGAGACCAACUCUCAGGUCCAGAAGUACCUGCAGCAGCUGUGGGACACUGUCCUCCUGGUAGCUCUGAUCCUCAGCACUGGAGUCAUCGUUCAGGCUCGCUGGCAGUACCAGGACCACCAGCUGAACGACGACUUAGAGCUCCUUCCUAAACAAGAUGUUCUGAAGAGAAUGUCGUCCCUCAAGACCAAAACGUAUCGUCAGCCCACACCGUGGUGUGACCCAUCCCAGCCGGUGGAGACGGACAACUGUGCAGUCUGUCUGGAGCCGUUCAACAACAACCAGUGUCUGCGCGUCCUGCCGUGUCUCCACGAGUACCACAGAGACUGUGUCGACCCGUGGCUGCUGCUGCAGCACACCUGCCCUCUGUGCAAACGUAGCAUCCUCAGCAGCGUCUGCAAAGACAGUUAACGGUCGCCUCACCUCCGCUGCAGCAGCUCUGGGAGCCUCUUGUCUCUUCCUCUGUGACACUCCAGUUGCCCUUGUAUGUUUCUUGCUGACCUCAUGCCUCCUCCUUCCAGCACUGGAUUGUGGGAGCUCAUCGACACAGGUGGACAGCCGUCUGGACUGUGGAGCAGUCUGAUCUUGAUGUCUUGUUGAUGCAGCAGGUCUCACAAAAAUAUAGUGUUUGUGUGAACACAGUACUGUGAAGUACUGUACCGGUACUGUUGUGUGUGAACAGUACUUCUUCCUGGGAUCAUGUCACUACAUAAUUGUGGAAAUAUUUAUUGUAUUGAUAUACAGCAGUGAAGAUGUGACUCAUGAGGGCGCUGGUGCUCAGUGUGACUCUUCAGACCAGCACCUUCUGCUUUGUGUUGGUGCAUAUAGCAGACAAACAAUAUGUUUGGUUUUUAAUUGGCAGACACCGAUAGCCUGAGUGAAAAUUCCAGUUCAGUAGUUUCCGCAAGGACAUUCGGUGCUUUAUGGUUUUAAGCAUGGAGGUCCAUACGAUGUCAAUAAUCCACUUAAUAAGAGGGCCGUGACCGAUUCCAUCCAGUGUCCAGACUCAUACAUUGCUGUUAAAUGUUGUAGAGGUUCUGUAGUUGUAGUCCAGAACAAACUGUGGUACAGUGGGUAGCAGGUGUGGACAAAGCAUUUGCACCUGUCCUUAACACGCCUUACGACCAAACUGCAGAGUGGUGUUUGUUACAGUAGCUAAUUCAUUAAUUGUGUGACCGCUUUAAACGAUUAGCAGGAGUUCACCUCAAACUUCAUGUGGAAAAACAUCAACAGCUGAUUAGCAUCGUUUAGGAUAAAGACAGACAGGUAGCCAGCUAGCAUGGCUCUGUCCAAAGGUAACAAAAUCCUCUUAUCCACACCUCUAAAGUUCACUAAUUAACACAUGAUAAAAGUUAAGUUGUGGUUAAAAAGGGGUUAUGUGCUGCACUGUUUCUUGGUCUCUGCAGGUUGGCAACCUCGCGAUGACGACAAAACUUCAGGAAGUUUCUGGCCAUCCUGUAAUCCAGCAUCCUCCUUAAAACCAUCACUUAUCUUUUUUCAUAUUUUAAAUUAGACAACAAGAUGUAAUUUUAAUAACUGAGCUUUAGAUGUGCUGGUAGGCAGGUUUUGUUUGGACCUCUGGACAGAGCCAGGCUAGUCAUUUCCCCAUUUUCUGUCUUUAUGAUAAGCUGCCUGCUGGCUGUACACAUGUGAAAGUGGUAUCAAUCGUUUCACCUAACUCUUGGCAAGAAUGCAAAUGAACUUAUUUCUCAAAAUAUCAAACGCUCUCUUUAAAAGAUGUUUAUAUUUGUAAAUAGUUAUACCCAAAUAAUUCUACACUACAAUGUGAAAUUAGUUUAUUAAUUUCUGUGAAAAGCUGCAGCACAGUAAAACAAUUGACUUACCAAAGGAGUGUGAAGAUAAAUUCAUCUCGUCUUUAAGGAAAAUAAUUUGAAUUAUUUGUAAUACAUUUAACUCCAACUUUGCAGCUGCAAUCUGCAGCAUCUCCAACACAUUCAUUCUAUUUGAUUUUGGCAUUUUGUCAGCGAUGACUCAACUCAAAGGAUGUCAAAAACAUAGCAUUGUUGUAUUUAUUUGUGUUUUUUGCAAGGCUAACUCCGAACUCAGAAAGCUAUUACAUGUGCUUUUUUUGUUAUAAAAUCCUCCAACAGAUCUGUUCUCUUUAUAGAAAAUAGUAUGUGCAUGGCAACAUGGGGGCAAUUUCCCCACAGCUAGUAAGAGAGGCACAGGGCCUCUCAGUACAGCAUGUGCUUCCAAACACAACAGCAUUGUUACAAGAUGGCCACGAUAGAUUUUUCCAGAUUUCCUUUUUAUGGAUUGAAUGCUGGACAACAAUGAUGUGAUUUAGGUGGAGGGCAUUGUAUCCGUGCACUUGAACGUUACAUGCAAGCAGUGUUCACACAACCUACUCGUACAGGACAAGUAGUUAGAGCAACACAGUCUACCACUCAUGUCCAGAACUGAUCACUGGGUCAGUAAUUGUUCUUCCAGCUACAGAAGGAGCUGUAGUCUCCUCAAAAUGCUGGAUGUUGCCUCCUUCUACUCCUAGGCUGUCUAUUUCAUGACGAUGUCAAAGAUCGAUUACUCUGGAUCGAUUACUCUUAAUAAACUUAUUUGUUACUUGGCAAAAAUAAA